AUGGACACACGGAUGCCAAUGGACCGACCGCCAGAGGAAGACUGCAAUGAUUUGUUGAAGGAAAGGUAUACUAAGGAAUACAUUGAAGACUAUGUCAGCAAGUUGCGCCAUGCCGGUAGUUUGCUGCAAAACCGAAUACAGUUUUGGGAUACAGGUGGAAUCAGCUCACAAAGCCAACAAGCAAUGGAGGCUCUGGUGAUCCUCUGUCAACUCAAAAGGAACUCCAAAGGUACUCUUCGCGGAGAAGCCCGUGCUCGGAAAUGGGGAAGCUUCCUCCCCAGCUAUUCCCGAUCUCCUAGUGUCUGGGAUAUUCACGAAUUCCGGAGGAAAGAUCUUGCGUUCACGAGACAUCGGCGAAUCAAACAUAAUCUCAGAUAA